GUUCGCCACACAUUCAUGGCAAUCGAUAGAAGGGCCAUUUUUUCCAGCGGUGACAAGAAGAUAAAACUAUUACGAUUUACUUAGUUUUUGGUUGAUGCGGUCAAGGAUACGAACAAUUCGAUAUGUUAGAGGGAGCAGUGGCUAGACUGUUGAACCAAUUUUUGGGAAAAUAUGUUGUGGAUCUCGAUACGGAAAACUUGAAUGUUGGAAUAUUUUCUGGUCAGGUACAACUGACCGAUUUAAAACUAAAACCUGAAGCUCUAUACGAGCUGAAAUUGCCAAUAGAAGUAAAAGCAGGAACAAUAGGCAAAAUUUGGUUCCAAAUACCAUGGACAUCACUUUGGAGUCAGCCAAUCAUUGUCAACAUCGAAGACAUUCACAUCAUCGCAGGUCCGAUAGUGACCGAUGAGCCUUUCGAUCCCGAAAAGAAUAAAAGACUACUCCGAGCAUCCAAAAGGAAAAUACUGGCAGACCUGGAUGUGAAUAGUGAAAUUUUGGGGGGGCCUUCAUCGUUCACGGAACACCUGGUCUCGAAUAUAUUGAACUUUUUGCAAUUGAACAUCACAAAUAUUCACGUCAGGUACGAAGAUGAGAAUAGUUGGAAAAAUCCUGUUGCUGGAGGAAUCUGUAUCGGGAGUUUGACAGCUGAAACGACAACCAGCAAAUGGAGACCAGCCAGAUACGAUAAAAAUGCAGACACGUGUUUCUACCUGGUGAAAAUGGAGGCAUUCUCCAUCUAUUGGAAUUCAAAUGUGAAACUGAAGAAAUGGGAUUUUCCAUCCCAAUACUAUCAAUGGCGUAACACCAUGGCAGCAAGUCUAAAGAACUAUUCCAUGAACAAUGAAGAUUUCAAUUUUGUGUUAAAUCCGAUGGUUUCGAAAAUAAAAAUGAUCAUCAACAAAUCCGAAGAUGGCAAAGUAACCAAAUUGCAUACAGACGUAAUUGUACAAGACUGCAACCUCCAACUUUCUAAAGAACAAUACGACUCUAUCCUAGCUGUCUCAGAAUCAAUGGAAAGAAUGGAAAAAAGCUGGCAGUUCUUGCCGAUCAGGCCGAAAGAAAAAAUCAUCGAAAAUCCUAGAAUUUGGUGGAGGUACGCGAGUUACGCCCUGCUGGAGCAAAGGGUGAAACCUUAUACGUGGAGUAGAAUGAGGAGGGUUAGACAGCACUACAAGGAGUACAUGGAAACGUACAAGCAAAUCAUUUUGAAUCCCAACGAUACCGAAAUGAAAUUGGAUAUGCAAAAAUACGAAGAUAACCUGAGUAUCAUCAAUGUUGUGUUGGCUAGGCAACAAGCUAGAUUAACGAUUCAAGAGAGGAGCAUUGGAGAGAAAAGUUUCUGGUCCUUAUUACCUUCACCUGAGAGAAUUCUUCUAUGUGAAAAAAUUGGAUAUUUUGAUAGCGAAGAAGAUAAUGCCAAGGAAACGAUAGACCACAACUACAGUUUCAGACUAGGCAACCUAAAUUUGAUAGUCAGUAGCAAAUCGAAGGAAAUCAUGGUGCUGACAGUGACCCAAACGAUAUUUUCCAUCAAGCCUAAUUAUUCCGAAGAAACAUACAGGGCGUCUCUGAAGAUAGAAGGAAUCAUCAUAGAAGGUUCGAGCAGCGAGGAACAUCUGAUACCGAUCAUUUCUUCAGAACACUUGAGCGACAGUCCAGCUUAUUUCUUCAAGAUGGAUUUGGAAAAAAUGCCGAAAACUUCAAAGUGCAGAUAUAAGCUCGGUAUCACGAUGGAUGCAGUUGAAUGUAUCUAUAAUAAGCCUUCUGUUGAAGAACUGGAAACAUUCUUGACUGUGGAAGAUUCUCCAACUAAAAAUUUGUUGAGCUACCUAGUAGAAAUGCCGCCUAUAAUUGUCGAGGAGAUGAGAAAUAGAAUAUUAGAUAACUGGGACUUCAAUUUCAACAUAAAAAUUCCUUAUCUGGUCAUUCCAGAAGUCAACUCCUACUUAAAAGCUGAAUAUUUGCUGAUAAUCGAUCUCGGUCGAUACAAAGUAAGUACGGAAUUGUGCACCCAAUCUCUCAUAGCAGAAAACGCCACGCAGAUGGAGUUAGAGGAGCAACUCUACAGCAAACUCUUCCUCUGUUGCGCCGAUAUGCAAGUCUUAUUUUGUGAUACGGGCGAUAAUUGGAAAGACGCCCGCAGAGAAAAGGACACCGAAAUGCACGUAGUCCCGAAAACUUCAUUUUCCUCCACCUAUGCACUCUCGGCUGCCAGUCUCAGGACAAUACCAAGGUACAAGUUCAAUAUUAAUUUCCAAACCUUGAAGCUGAAUAUAUCAGAAAGAAAAGUGGGGCUGUUAUUGAAAUUUUUCAAUGUAGACAAUAUAAAAAUUAAUGUUAUACAAGAAGAAUCACAACCCAAGUUAUAUAACAAAGACAUCAUCAAAGGCAGGAUUAGCUCUAGAUGUCUACGGGAAAUCCAAGACAAGAUGAGAAUCAACAGUAGCUACGCCAAAUAUAAGAGAUACAAGGUGGAUAACUGCAAAUCCAAGAAAUUUCAAAACAUUCAAAACGGUUCAAGGAGACAUCAUAGAGAUAUGAACGAAGCUUGGGCAAGAUGUGUUGAUUUACCAGGUCUAGAAGACAACAUAUCGCCAAACAACAAUAUAGAUGUACUAUAUGGAUUCGAAAUCAACGAGUUUUCUAUAGUGUUUUCCCGGUCUAGCGAUAGUACAGACCGUCAGUACCUGGUACUUCGUCUCGGCAUUCUUUCCAUGGAUUUGGCUUUGAUGACUUACGGACCAGCAUAUCAGAUAUCGCUCAAUUCACUUUUGCUCACCGACAAAUUGCACACUACACCCAGUGGACAAUAUUUGGAUCUCAUUUUCAGUCCUGUAUCCAGUAAUCAAGAUCUUGUAACUGUACUCUAUAGAAAAGUUAGUGCAAGUUGUCCAGAUUUCUGGACCCAUUUCCAUGGAGUUGAAACAUCUUUGGUUGCUAAUUUCGAGACCUUCCACUUACUACUACACCAGGAAGCUGUUCAUACUAUUCUCAAAUAUUCCAAGUACAUGAGUAAUAAGAUCCAGAAUCAGAUAUCUCCAUUUUUGAAAACCACGUUGUUCAAAACCAUCGGGCGAAUAAAAAAUAUUCUUCACGUCAAAACUGACACUCCAGUUCCACCUGGUUCCAUAAAAUUUUCUCACUCUGCCAGGUUGGCAGACCUCAACAUCACAGUGUGCGAUUCCGAUUUCGAUAUUGUCAACAUUCAACUUUCCGGACUGGAGAUGGAUUUUCUUUUCAGGGCCAACGAAAGAUUCGUGUUUAGAUCUUUUCUCAGCAACAUUUCGGUCGAACAUCUUUCUGAUGUUACACUCUAUUCAAAGGUUCUCUAUACAGAUGAAGACAAAGUUUUCGAUAUUAAAUACGUUAGAAACGCUGCCCAUCUCAACCACCAUGCUGACAUUUCACCAAACACUGACGUUUCUUUUAUAGACGGUAGUUUCAAAUUUCAGUUGGGUAGAGUCAACUGCAUAUUUUUGUACAAACUCAUUGUCCAACUGCAGAGAUUUGUUCUGAACUUGGAGGCGAUGCCAUUUCUGGAGAACGUAUAUUCCAAGCUACAAAACAUAGUGACAGACAUCACGAAAACGUUGAGAAACAACACCAAGAUGAACUUGGCGAUCAACGUGUCCGGUCCUGUAUUGAUAAUCCCUCAGAAAUCUGAGUCGCCGAACGUUCUGGUACUCGAUACAGGGGAACUGAAAGUCGAGAAUUUCUUCAAAGAUUACUCCACUGAAGUCACAGAAAAUAUUUUGGUGAAGCUGAAUGGGGUCACAGCUUCCAGAGGAGUCAUGACUCUCACCUCCACACUAGAAAUGCAAGAAACCCUCAUCGAACCAAUAAUCCUGAACAUGGACAUAAAAAGAUUCACAAACUCGAGAACAUCCCAAAUCUCGGUGGAAAUAGACAGCGUCAUAGACACGAUCCACGUGACUCUCGGUCAGAGAGACCUCACCACGAUGAUGGCCAUCUACACGGACAACAUCGGAGAGGGAAAAAUCCUGGAUCUGUUUCCGGUCCAGACGAAAUCUCCCAACGAUCCGACCGAGGCUGACGAUAGCGUCCGCACCUUGGAAGCGUUCUUUUGCGAACCGAAACAGAAGAACGUCGUGGCCAAAUGUACCAUAGAAGAGGUCAAACUCAUGUUGUUCUUCGAUUCCGGAGAACUGCUCAGUUCGCCUAUAAGAGACUUGAAUCACGGGCUGUGCAAAUUGGAAAUCCUAGACAUAGAUAUUUCGUUUUUUGUUUAUAACGACAAGAGCUUGGACGGAAAACUCUCGGUGGAUACUGUCUUCAUUGAAGAAAUUGGUCCAGAAGCACAUGCCAUCGAUAAAGUAAUUCUUCAAUCUCCUAGAGACGAAAACAAAAACAACAACUGCCACAUAACGGUGAACAAACCUCCCAUAAUCGACAUAACCUUCCACCAAAACAAAACGGGCGAUAAAUCGGCUGACGUCAUCAUAGGCAGACUCAGCCUAAUACUCUCCAUACCUUUCGGCGAAAAACUAGCUCUCUUCAUCAUCGAGUGCCUUCCCAAAGAGAAUCUGGACACGGGAAUAGUAAAUGCUGGAUAUGAAGCUGACAUUUACCACACGGUAUCACAGAAAUCUUAUCUCACCAGCUUCACAUUGUCAGUGAGAGUGAACAAGCCGGACUUGAUUUUCCUAGUAGAAACCACUUCCAACAAGAAGAGAUAUUUCAUCACCAAAAGCGAAAUACUGAUCGACUAUUCCAGACACGCCAACAGGCUCAAUCUAGUGAUGUCUCUCUCGGGUCUGCACAGCUUGUUCUUCGAUUUGGGUGAAUACUCCGAAGAACCUUACGUCAUCCUCAAACAAUGCGACCUGGAGCUAUGCAAAUCCUUUUCCAGCGAGUCUGGCGAGAAAAUCUCCCUAGCCGUUUCUUCGAUUUACCUGAAGAUGUGCAGCGAAGUGGUGCAUUCCAUCAACGACAUUCUCAACGACAUCGUGGAACACUUCAAAGUGCCCGAAUGUGAGCCCCCGAAGGUCGAGAGGAAGAAAAGCGUGAAAACUCCAGAGCCGGAAGACUUGUGGGACCCGAAGAAGCUGCCGGACUUCGUGGAGCUGUACGACAGUUCCGAAGACGUUAAAACUGACAACACUGUCGCGGUUCAUGAGAUCCUCUUGGUGCCCAAGUUCGAUGUUGUGGUCAUCCUCGAACUGGAACAAGUCCAGGUGCUGAUGAUCAAGUGGACCGUGGAACUGACAGUAUACGACUGGUCUUCCCUCCUUAACUGCACUUGCGAACUCACCUUGCAAGCCAACUACUUCAACGAGAACGUCCAGAGCUGGGAACCACUCAUAGAACCAGUGGUGAUAGACGAAAAAGAGUACAAACCUUGGGAGAUAAUCAUCAAGGUGUUCCAAGACAAAUCUCUGCCGAUGCUGGACAACGCCGACUACAGGCCCAAAGUGAAAACGUUCAAGAAGAAGAUGGUGGAUAGGUCGGUGACGACCACGGAAGAUGAGGAUUCCGGAGAGGAUAUGAUGUAUCUGGAGCCGCUGAACCACGUCAAUACGGGGACCAAUAGGAGGGUGAAGACGAGUCUGUCCACUUUCCUGGACGAUUCUGACUCGGAGAAUGAGGACGGGACGAUGGAAAGAUUGGCGGCCGCAAUUUCAGAUUUGUUCACUGGGGAUUGGAAUGAGCAUGAAGACAGUGAUUGCGGCCAAUCCAGUGAAGAAGAGGACCAUGAAGACAACGAGAAACCGAAAGACAAACCAGACAUGAAUUUCAACAAAUCCUACUAUAUCCUCAUGGAUGCCAAAGAGACGUUCAACGUCACAGUAUCGCCGACUAUCAUAAGACUACUCAACGAACUGCUCACUCAAUAUUCGAAUAAGAUCAUCUCGGUUAGGAACAAGAGAAAAUUCAUUAAUUUGGCCAACGAUAUUGGGCCACACGCCAAAAUAGAGCUUUACGAGAAAUUCAACAGUGAAGAUAAGUUGUUAUGCGCGAAGAAAUACGAGAAAGAAGAUUCAGCUCCCAGCAGUCCUAUGAAGAGUCAGUAUGUUUAUUCAGAAUAUCACGAAACUAAUUAUGACGAUAAAGACAGCAGUGCUGAGGAUGGUAAGGAAGAUUCCGAAACGACCUACGAUUUCGAAACUCUUUCGAGUCUUCAAUUUCCCGACGAAACGACUUCUCAGCUCUACGACAAAAUCAACAAGAACUUCAUGAAGAUAUACGUGCCAAACUUCCUCCCAGUACAAACGAACUGUUCCAGAAGGAAUUGGGAAAAACUUAUAAGAUUGCAUUCGGUCGAUUCUAGCCAGACUUACCAUUUGGCAGCUACGCAUCAUACAGGGAAAUCAGGAAGAAUGGUAGUCGUCAGCUCACCAUUACAAAUAAAAAACGAGACUUGUUUUGCACUCAGCAUCUUGUAUCAACCCUCAAUUCUACAACAGAUGAAUUUGGAACCAGUUGGUGAUAUCACGAAUCCGUUCGAGACCACUAUGAGAAUAGCAGUUAUAGAACCUCUAGAAGAAUACAACGUACCCCUGUAUAUCGCCUAUCACUGCAAACUUUUCGUACAACCCGCGUAUGCAGAGGGUCAUUAUGCGUCUGAUUCGGGUAUAUGGUGGAAAGAAUUAGCCAGCGAAAUGGACAGCGCCCACAAUAUCCAGUGCAAACCCAAGCCGGACUCCCAAGUGGAGAUUUUCUCGCUGCGGGUGAUGCUGAGGCGCAACGUGGACACGAAAAACCCGAGAACACACUCUAUUCCCAACUACGUGGUGCACCUGUUGCCGCCAUUGUUCAUCCACAACUUUUUGCCUUACGCCGUCGAAGUGUUGAAUGCCGGUUUGAAGCAAAUCGCCCAAGUCGAACCAGGAGACCGGACGAGCGUAUACUCUUUAGAUUUCUCUAAAGAUCAGAAACUAUUCGUCAAAGUGAAUCACGAUGCCACCACUUGGAGCGGAUAUCUGAAUCUGACUCAGUAUCUCGACGAGAAAAUCGUUGUACUGAGCAGCGAUAACAAAGAGGACUCGCAAAACCUGGUCAUCAAUGUCAAAAGUGACGAGGAAGGCAGUUGCCAUUUGUUUUUCUACACACCAUAUUGGAUCGUCAACAAGACAGGACUGCCCUUACAAAUCAAGGCAUCAGCUUCGAAUUCGAUCUACAAAUGUCUGAACGAAGACAUCUUACUCUUCACUUACAAGAGACACGUCAGACAAACUCUGACAGUUCGAGUGUACGAUUCGAAUUGGUCGAACGACUUCGGCCUGGAAUGUUCCGGAACGACGGGUUUGGUGGUGUGCAAAGAUGUGGAAAGGAAGAAAAAGUACAUGUUCUUCUUGAACAUCAGGCUGUCCAGCAUUUGUCCGAGGCUGACGAAAAUCGUGACGAUAUUGCCCAGUUUUUUGGUGGCGAAUAACACCGAGAAACCUUUGAGGUACAUGGAACACAAUGAAAAAACCGAUCUUUGGACAGAUCUGGCUCCAGGACAAGUUGCCAUCUUUUGGCCAGAAACUUCUUCGAUGGAAAUGUACGUGAAAUACAGGGAUAGCAAAUUGAGCUCGCAUUCUUUCUUUAUAUCCAGCCAACACAGGACCGUCUUGAGAGUCGAUAAAGGGGCAGCCCUCACUGUAGAAGUUACAGGUGGCAUAAAUGACUCCUUCAGAAUAUCAUUCAACGAAUACAAGCCUGGAGACGCUCCAGUUCUGGUGAAGAACUAUUGUGCCGACCUGUUUUUGAAGAUACAACAGCUCGACUUGAGUCCCGUGACCCUACUGAAUCCUUACCAUGCCCUGCUGUUCACGUGGGACGACCCUACCAGACCCAGGCAAUUGGUAUGGAAUGUAUACAACAAUAAAGGCUCUGGAUUUUCCGUUGACGUGACCAAAGAUGGGUACGGAGAAGAAAAUAUUAGAAUCCAUAGUGUCACUCCCACUGCCAGCGCUCUAGAAUCUUCCAGUUCAGAAGACUCCGAUAGCUCGGAUGACACCCAACCUAACCUCAACAAAAAAGUCCACAAGGAUAAAAUCACCAUUUAUUGGUUGUGCUACAGGGACGGAUUGCAGAGAACGCUGCUGCUGACGCAGGAGCUCAGGAUAUACGAGGGAGCGUUGAAGAUAUUCAAGGAACAGUGUCACGUGGAAGGUUUGGUGGCUCUUAGUGGGGUGGGACUGUCGAUUUUUACCUCGGAAAACGACAGCAAAGAACACGUCUAUGUGUCAUUGUGCGAUACACCAGCUAUUUGGGAGGUGAACGUCGGCCAGAAAUGGAAAACACUGACGUUGGAAUUGGCCUCGUGGAUCGAGGACAAGUACAGGCUACACUACAAGAAAUGCCAGCUCAAGGAAUACGUGCACAUAGACUUCGAAAGGAUGUUCAUGCUCAAACCUUUUUUUGCGGAGCUGCGCAGAAGUUAUAGGCCUGCCGUCUAUUUUCAUUUCAGGAAGUCAAAAAAUCAUCGGUACUGCGAUCUAAGGUUGCAAUCAUUCCAAAUCGACAACAAACAAACUACCAACAUCAUUGUACACCCCCUGCCUUCCCAGAACCUCAAAGAAGCAUCUCCAUUCGCUGAGAUUAUCUUAUCGAAGUUGUAUUCGAAGGAAGCCGAUAUUUACAGAUACGUCAAGUUCCGGUUGGGCAGUUUCUUCUUGAAUUUGGAGAACGAGACGUUCUUGAAAGUGGCCAAGUUGUUGGGAGAUACGAGGAUGUUCAAUUGUCAAGAUUCGAGAUCGUAUGUAAACGAGAUCAAAUCGAUACACAAAUCGAUAACAGUCAGGAAUAACGAUCAUCCAGAAGUGAGAACUAUCAUCGAAAAUUUGACGAUGACAAACUUUGGCGUCCAGCUAAACAUCUCCAAUAAAAUCCAUAUGAGCUUGGCCAGCAAUGACAUCCCGUUCACCAAAAUGUUGGACCAUCUCUUUCCGUACAACAUGUCGCCUUACAUGCCUUUAGAAGGAGUGCAUCACAAAAUAUCAUCUAUAGAACACGUGGCAGUCAGUGGGACAUUAUACGAUUCUGUAUACCACUUAUUUCAUCAGGCUUCGACUCAAUUUCUGCAACAGUAUUAUUCUCACGUUCUGGGACUGCAAGUGUUAGUCAACACUUUCGCGAUUCAACCAGUAAUCGAGAUCUGCGAACACGAAUCGGACAAGAUGGCCGCCAUCCUGCUGCACACCUCCCGAUGCCUGCUCGGUCACGUGAACAUGUCGCCGGCGGCCGUCGAGGCGUGCGUGCUCGACGUCUUCGCCAAUCAGAGCAUCGAGAACGUGCAGCGGAUACGCAGGCACGGCUCCUACCACAAGUCGGAGGUCGCGCCCAAGGCGACCACCAUCGCCAGCAGGAAUUUCACGUCGGGAGUGCCGAACGCCUUGGGCCAACUACUGGUCAAAAACCAGAACGCGGGAAUAAACUGCGAUGGAGAAAUGUUCUUCAGGACAACUGGGAAAGCGCUACUGUCUUUGAUAACAAGACAUCCUGACGAAAAGUCAGACACCGUUGAAGUGGCUAGAGAAGCUUUAAGAAGAGCCUGGAUUUUGGGAGAACCCAUCAAAAUUCAUCAAAGACUCACUAGAUAUAAAAAUAAAUAUAUUGGUCUUCGUCCUUUAUCUGUUCAUGAAUCCAUGGGACAUCACCUUUUGGAAACCAUUGGAAAUUCUAGAUUCGUUCACGACACCUAUUGGGCGCAUGCUGCCAUAGACAAAAUUGGAAAAUCUUUGGUCAUCGUCUCCCUAGAGCAUGUCAUAAGGAUCAACAAAUGUAGACUGUGGGGACCAUGGGAAAUCGAAUGGGUAACAGACCUGGAUGAUAUCAUUUCAAUGCCAAAAAUAAAUUGCACGGAACUGAUACUCAAUAUGAGACAGAACGAUGUUACUACAGAAAGACUGCAGCAAAUAAAAAUUACAGGAGAGAGGGUUAUGUUGUUAUGGUUACACGAUAAAAUUGAACAAGCCAUUAUCGUCAGUAUGGAGGAUAAAUCAUGGGCGAUCCCAGAGAAUCACUAGAUAAUAUUUGACACAUUCCUAAAUGGUGCAAGAUUCUGUAGAUAAUAGAGGAUGAUUAUCGAAGAUGUUAUUUGGCAUUCAAUGUUUAUAAUGUAUAUUUUGAAUUACUGUACCUUGACUUUAAAACUGUACCUAUGAUGUAACAUUAAAACGAUGCAAAUAAAGACAGUGUUGAUACAAAUAAAU